AUGGCUAUGGAAACAGUUGUUAUUGUUGCUGUUAGCAUCCUAGGUGUCGUGUUUGUUGCUUCUCUUGUUACGUUACUGAUCAUCUGCCGACAGAAAUAUCGGCUUUGUCGACGACACCAUUCCAUUCUAAGUGACAACGAUGAUGAUGAAGGUAGCAGUGAGACUGUUGUGCGAGUCGGGAAUAAUGCAAAUGAAAAUCAUAUUCAGUCAACAAUCACAUUUGAUGACGGGACAAUUAGGCAUCUACUAGAGACCGAAGAUUGGGCGAAUGAUAUUCAUGGUCUUGUUCCGCACUGUAUCGCAAUACUGAAGAUGUGUAGAGAAGUAACCGAGAAACUAGUCGCGCUCACAUUGGAUAGGAAACAAGAAAACGUUCAAUCUUCUGACAUGGCCAUUAUUGUAGGGGUGGCGAAACGUAUUACACCUCGCGUGGAUGACGUUAUAAGUUCAAUCGCUCCACCACUUAAUCCGAUAUCCCUUGAAUCAAAAUGUUCGGCUCUCAUCUACUCCGUCCAACACUUAGCUAUCCUGGUGCGCAAAGCUUGGCAAUCUACUGGUUCACUGGAAUGGAUUGACAUAGCGUUUGACACAAUGGCCGAUCAUAUGAGGAUAAUAAGCAGUGCGCGAUAUUAUCCACAAGUCUCUCAACAUAAUAACAAGCCAGAUGUGGAUGCCAAUGCUGAAAGUUCCCAGCUAUAAGUGAAACCCUUGCAUGCACAUGUAUAUACCAUAUGGUGAUUUGAUCUACUCCAUGAAUUAUGGUUAUAUUACUUCGACCAAAGGUGCCAAACUUUAAUAAACGCAAGGGAGCCUGAGAUAGCUGGAUACGAAAUUCCAAUAAAAACAAAACUGUAUAGGCCUAAUGCAGUGCAGGAAAUUAAGGGUUAGUCUGCCUACCCUGCCACCCCAGGUUUGGUGCCUAUGGUUAUGAUCAGAAUGUUUUGACAUCAAAAAUAUUUUUCUUUCCAUACCCAACAUUUUUUAAUACUUGGUUUAUUCUUCCAUGAUAAACACCUGAAUGCGACAUUGGAAUGUCAGUACAUUGUUGUGCAAGAAAUAUAUUAUACUUGGUAGCAACAAUUCCAAUAUAAACAUCUAACUUUGCAUAAAAACAGUGUUUAAAUAAGUUUGUUAAUCAAUACUUUAUUUGUGUUAGCAAUUGGUGGCUUGGGAUUUUUGCGUUUAUUUUGUUCUCUGCCUAAAUGUGCUUGUUACCCCCAUUCAUAUAUUGUUAUAUUUUGUUAGUGGUAAUAUAUUUUCUACUAAAACGUUUUCAUCAAGAUUUACAUUAUAAAUAGUUUUUUUUAAGUUCAUUUUUAAACUUUUAAAGUAAAGUAGAUUUAUAUAUUUGGCAAUAGUUUUCAUAUGAUGGCCCAUCAUACUUUCUAGGCUAAAUUUUUAAUUUAAGUUUUAUUUUAUGAUUCCAAAAAGUUGUGUUCAAAGUAGUUUAAAAAAAUUUGCCAAAGUUUCGCUAUUAAUGUGCUUAAUAUUUUGAUCACGUCACAAUAACGUUGAAAAACACAGGGCUAAGUUUACAAAGAUUGUAAUUUAUUCCUGGUAGGGCUAAAAGUAUAGUGUCAAACAAACGUACUAUAGCCUUGGGCGAUAUAACUUUCACAUAGGGCUGUGUUAAACGCAACAACAACAUUGUGUGCCGUUAAGUACCCUCACUAAAUAUCUCACUUGUUUAUCCUCACAUGGGGUGGGGCAACUUUAUUUAUAACACAGUGUCUUAUUUUAUACACUAUGGGCCAGGGUGCAAUUAAAUUAUUUAUUAUUAUUAUGAUCAUGGUGCAGUUUCCAGUUUAUAUUUUAAUUUGUUUAAAGUUUCUUAUUAUUAGUAUAUGGUGCAGUUAUAACUGUUAUGUAGCUUCUGUGCUAUCUAUUUUCACUUUGUGCCUGGCCAACCAACAUUGUAUUUUAUAAUUUAUAAACCUGGGUAUUACUUACAUUCUAUUUGAAUAAAAGGCUAAUAAUACCAUUUUAGGAAAAUAUUUCUCACAGAAUAUAAGUCGUUCAAAUUUUUUUGUUGGUUACACUUUUCAUAGCGCUUAGUUUUUUUAUAAUAUCUUGCUUUUAAAUCUGUAUAGUAACUGUGUAUUUUAGUUUAAGAAAUCUUGUGCCCUGCAACAUAUAUAUUAUAUAUUAAACAGUAUUUUUACCCAUACAAUCAAAUUCUGUUUGCUGUUAAUUUCCUUUCUUUUUUGCUGAUUUAUUUUAAACUACAACCCACAUUAUUGCGAUUAAAGAGAUAAAAACCUUUUGUUGUUUUUGUGUUAUGAAACUAUUUAAACAAUCCUUCGGUUUAUUCUGCAUGUAAAUUUACGUUUGUUUUGUGUUUUACCUUAAAUGCAAAUUAAGACAGUAGUUUUACCUAAUUAAAAUUACUUUAUACCUGAUUUGUAGAUUUAUUGCAGUAUUACAAUCCUAUGUUAAAAUUCCAUGACUUCUAUUACACGUACUAAACCUUUGCAAUACAUUGUUUUAAACUUAAAACAUGAAUUUUUGUUUUAGAUUUUUCACUUUUUCAUAUAUGUACCUUUUUCGCAUUGCCAAAUGGAUGGCUGUAAAUAAAAAAAUGCUUUUAAAA